CACUUCUGGGCACAGGUGUGUGGCACUGCUGGGUGGCACAGGUGGGUGCACUGCUGGGCACAGGAGGGUGCACUGCUGGGCACAGGUGGGUGCACUGCUAGGCACAGGUGGGCGCACUGCUGGGCACAGGUGGGCAUAACUGGUGGGUGGCACUGCUGGGCACCGAUCAUCAGGGCCCUGAUGAUCGGAGCCGAUCCCUGCUCUGACAACUGCCGGUUCUCGGCUGCCGCUGUGAUUGGCCUUUUACCACAUCACGUGAUCAGCUGUGUCCAUAGGACACAGCGAUCACGC